AUGGACCGUGCUGGAAAGAUCGUGUUCUACGAGGACAAAAACUUCCAGGGACGCUACUAUGAGUGCACUAGCGACUGCCCUGAGCUGAACAUCCACUUCAGUCGCUGCAACUCAAUCCGUGUUGAGAGCGGUGCCUGGGUCCUGUACGAGAGGCCAAACUAUCUGGGCUACCAGUACAUCCUGGUCAGAGGAGAGUACCCCGACUACCAGCGCUGGAUGGGCUACAACGACAGUGUCAGGUCCUGCAGGCUGAUCCGCUACGUUUCCGGCACCUCCGUUAUCCGCAUCUACGAGCGUCCUGACUUCGGUGGUCAGAUGAUGGAGUGCACUGAGGACGAGAGCAGCCUGCCCGAUCACUGGCACUUCAACGAGAUCUACUCCGCUCAGGUGAAAGACGGCGCCUGGGUCUUCUACGAGCUUCCCAACUACCGCGGCCGCCAGUACCUGCUGGAGAGGGGAGAGUACCGCCGCUACACCGAGUGGGCCGCCAUGAACCCCAACGUGGGCUCCUUCCGCCGUGUUCACAGCUUCUAA